AUGAAUAUUCCAUGGGUAUUUCGAGGUGGGGCAGCGGCCGCCGUUGGCGCCAUCACGGCCGUUGAAUUCGAUCCUGAACUCGAGCUGCUGUGGGUGUGUGAUAGUUUUGGUAAUCUCAUGAGUUUUACCGUCCAGCCUCACAACGAGACGACGGAAUGGGCGGUCUAUUCCUCCUUUUCGGCCUCCACGCGAUCCCCGUCCAGCAUUGGGUUCAUCCCAAUCGCCGGCGAGUGCAUGGUGACGGUCCCGGACCGUGAGGUGAUUCGCGGAUUUAAACGAGGCGGGGUUCCCAUUAUGUGCCUCCCCCUUCCUUCGGACACCCAAAACUACAUCGAUCUCUUUCAGGCCAACACCCACACGGGCUCGAUGUACUUUGUAGGGGAUGUCGGCCUCACGCGGUUGGUCUUGCAGGAAGGUGAAACCAAACGCCAUACGGUGCCCGUGGAGGAGCCCACCAUCGUGGCCCUUAAACAGUUUGAUCAGUGGGUGGUGACGGGUAGUACGUCCGGGACGAUUAAUGUUUUCGAUGCGAAUGAUCUCAGCAGCGUGGGAAGCGUAUCCCCUUCGCGAAAUCGCGUGAUGACGCUCGAUGUGAUGGGAAAUACAAUCGCCGCCGCUUUUGUGGAGCGCUCCGGGACGGGUUUUGUGAAGGUGUUUGAUGUGCGAAAACUUGGGGAAGAGGUCUAUAUGAUUAAAGAUAUCUUUCCUGGUAAUACCACGCAGAUGAGGCUUUAUCUGGACUCCUUUCGACCAACCCAAACCCGCGCGUUCUUACUCACCCCACAGGGCUAUCACAUCAUCCAGCUGGAUCUUGAGAAGCCCGUUUAUAGCUCGGGCGGCAUCAUCGAAGGCUCCUCCACCGCGGUUUCCGUCUCGCGCAAUCGAAUGUGCGCGGUGGUAGGGAACGACAAGGGUCAUUUCUUCGCACUUUCCCACCCCGCUAAACGGGAUGAGUAUAUUAUGUCUAACUUUAUCCAGCCUGUGAAGCCCAAACAACCAAGUUUUACACAAUGUUGGGUUUCGCCGAACGGAGAUAAUGGUUUUGAUGAGUCCUGCGCCAGUCUUGGCCUCGCGUCGAACUGGCCGGAGGAUGAUUAUAUGAUUUUGAAGGUUCCACAGAAGCUGCGGUGUGUGAAUCUCGGCCCCUACGCCUCGCACUCCAUCGUGCCUAAUCAGUGGGGGUUUAUCCGCGCGGAUUCGUAUUUAAUCGACACGAAAGAAAAGCUGUCUGCAAUUAUUCCCAAUCCUUACCCCUUCAACACCCAACUUGGCAAUGAUCCUGGACGAGUCCAGGAGCUUUUGCUGGAAUUUCGAAAAGAUAUGAAGCGAAAGCACAAAGUUUCCCGUGGUGGGGGAACUGGAGAGUACGACCCGAUGGAAGAUUCCCUGCAGGUGUGUUAUAGCAUGCAGCAUAAAUUGGACUGGCGAAGCUAUAAUGAAAUUCCCCAUCACGUGGCGGGGAUGGACAACAGCUUUCCGGAGUCUUGGUUGACCCCGAUUUUGCAAUCGCUGUAUCUCUGCCAACCGCCGGAGUUUCCAAUCCGACGGGUGAUUCUACGCCACCUUUGUCGACGGGAGUUUUGCAUGACGUGCGAGAUAGCGAUUAUAUUCGCCAAUAUCAUGAUUACCGCCUCCAGCGCCAGCGGGCUCAAGGAGGCCGCCCUACCGCCCAUCGUCCAAGUUGGCAAUCUCAUUCGCACCCUUCGCCAGAUCCGCACCUUUGCCACCUCGAAUGUCUUCCAAAAGGCCAAAAAUCGAGACGACGCUGUGGCCAAGAUGCAUUUAGUGCAGCGACUGAUCUUAGAAACGCUUCACAAGGAUUUGCAAGAUCAGAAAGGCUAUCCUUUUAUGAAGUACCAGCCCCCUUCUCCCGAAUAUGAGAAUUCCAUCGCCUCCUUCUUUGGUACCGAAUUCACCGUGAAUGGCCGUAUUCACGUAGAGCCGCGGUUUUUCUGGGAGGUCCCUGCCUCCGCGCUGAAAGUGGAUGAAGGUUUACAGCAUCUUUUAAAGCAGUUAGAGGCGUGUAAGGAUCAGGUGCAGAUUAAGCGUCUCCCCCCGAUCAUUGUCCUUUUGUUGAAUCCCGAGCAUAACAACCUCAAACCCCCCACCAGCCUCAAAAUCUCCCGCUCCAACAAGGAGGACUACAACUACGUCCUGAACAGCAACAUCAUCCACCUCGCGGACGACAUCGAGGAUGUGGGCAAUUUCGUCAGCCACCAGCGCAUCAAGGACGACCUAUUCGCCCUGGUGAACGACUACCGCGUGACGUCGCCGAUGAAGAUCACGGAGUUGGAACAUUUAAUCCCGGCCCUUCGGUCCUACUCCGCAGUGGUGAUUUACUACGCGCUGGACCAGCUCACGGCCCCCCCGUACGCCCACCAGGACAACAACCUCCCGCCGAAUAUGUGGCCCAUUCUCGGCCCGUUGUUGGUGGAGGACGUCCUGGCGAAGGGCCUUCAGCGGAAUCCGGCCCGGCAGCAGUUCAAGUCCCCGCUUUCCUCGCACACCGACAUCCAGCCCGGCGACCUCGUCGCGAUCGACGCGGAGUACGUCGUGUUGAAGUGGCCUCACAAGGACGAGGAGGCCGAUUUCGUCUACUCCGCGCACCGGAAGCCGCGGAUGGGCCUCGCGCGCGUGAGCUGCGUCCUCAGCCGCGAGGACGGCGACGAGCGCACGAUCGUCGACGACUACGUCCACAUCUUGGAGGAGAUCGACGACUACGUCACGCAGUUUAGCGGGAUCCACCCUGGCGAUUUGGAUCCACUGCAAUCGACCAAAAACCUGACGUCGUUUAAGUCGACCUGUCUGAAACUCCGAGCCCUGGCUGACGCCGGGGUGGUUUUUGUCGGCCACGGCCUCAGUCAGGACUUCCGUGUGUGCAAUAUCGCCAUCCCGAAGAAGCAAAUCAUUGACACCUUGGAGCUUUUUCACGUCAAGGGCGGGCGGUUUUUAUCCCUUCGGUUUUUGAUGUUCCACAUCCUCGGCGAGCGCGUCCAGGAGGGGGAGCACGACUCCAUCGAGGACGCCCGGGCCUCCCUUCGCUUGUAUCGCAAAUACGUCCAACUGCAAAAGGAAGGCACCUUUGAGAAUGCGUUGAAUAAAAUUAUGGCAAAAGGGGCGGAGACGAGUUGGUUUGUCCCGGAAAGCCGCUCGGGCGCGUUCAACGACAUUUCGGAGUCGAUGACGGGGUCAAUGAUUAGUUCGACAGUCUACGUCUCGCGCGGGGCCAACGUGAGUGAUGGGGAGACCACAAAGGAAAUUCUAGAGGAUGUGAGUCAUCUGGCUAAAGAGGAAUCCGAAGUGGAAGUAGAGGUCGAGGGGACGUCGAAAAGUGAAGGAAAAACGAUAAAGACGGGCGCAGGAUCGACCUCGUCCAUCCCGGCCACUGAAACAACGAGCUGA